AUGCAACACCUGGAGAUCAUUUCGAACCAAGGCAAUCGAGCGGUGUUUGUUCAUUUUGUUGGAGGUGCGAGCACGUUUGGUGUGGCUCAGCUCGUUCCUGACGAUGGGGAGGACGAAGCGCCUCCAGUGGCCGAAGCGCCUCCAGUGGCCGAAGCGCCUCCUAUGGCCGAAGCGCCUCCAGUGCCCCCUCCUGUUGAGCAGCGUGGUCGCCCUCAGCCUCGUCGUCGUCAGCGUCAGCAGCGUCCGCCUCCACCCCAAGAUUCUGAUUCAUCCGAAGCCGAGGAAUUCGUCGGUCUCAGUCAGCUCACCCUCUAA